AUGUCUGAAAGAAAAGCUAUAAACAAGUACUAUCCGCCGGAUUACAAUCCGUUGGAAGCUGAAAAGUUGUCUAGGAAGAUGGCCAGGAAACUAAAGACCAUGAAUAAGAGCCAUGCGUCGAUUAGGUUAAUGACCCCAUUUAGUAUGAGAUGUCUACAAUGUAACGAAUACAUUCCCAAAAGCAGAAAAUUCAAUGGUAAGAAGGAACUGCUGAAGGAGAAGUACUUGGACUCCAUUAAGAUAUAUAGGCUAACCAUUUCAUGUCCGCGUUGUGCCAAUUCCAUUGCAUUUAGAACAGACCCUGGUAAUUCAGAUUAUGUAAUGGAAGUGGGAGGCGUAAGAAACUAUGUCCCACAGAAGCCGAAUGAUGGUCGGAACCCUAAAGCAGCUGCCGAAAGUAUAGACGAGACACUGCAACGCUUGGUGAGAGAGAAAGAAAUAGAGCAGAACGGGACGAUGGGCAUAAAGGACCAAGUGGGUGACAAAAUGGAUCUGCUAGAAAAAAGACUGGCCAAAAUUCAACAAGAGCAAGAGGAUGACGAAGAACUUGAGAAUUUGAGGAAGAAAAAUCUUGAAAUGAGCCAGAGGGCAGAAAUGAUAAGCCGCAGCAAUCAUUUACAGCAGGAAAAAGCAGUAACGGCUGAUGAUCUGGACAACAUCGCGGAGCAGGCAUUCGAUAACCACAGGCGGCGUUCCAGUAAAUCUGACAAAAACAAUGAUGAGAAGAGGGCUCCAUUGUUUAAUCCUACAUCCAACAAGGGAAAAAUUCAAAAGAAAAGCUCUCCGCGCACAAAUCCGUUAGGGAUAGUUGUAAAACGUGGAAAGUCUCUAAAGUGA